CAAGUGUACAGUCGUCAAAAAACUCUAUAAAGAAUUUGUUUUGCUGGUACGCGGCAAUUGAAAUCGCCACCGUAGAGCAAAUUGGACGUUGUCACACAACCGGAUAAACAAGUGCAUUAUGGCCAAGGCGAGUAAGAAGGUGGCAGAAAGUAAGCGCAGGAACGGAGUCGCCAACGAGAGCGAAAACGAGGAGAUUGACCAGCAAAAGUCCAAUGGGACAGGUCGAUCGUCCAGGAAGACGCCGAACAAACGAAAGGCCAAACUGACUGUGGCCUCUGACAGCGAAGACAGCGAUUGCCAGACCUCUACCUCCAACGUGGAUGUACCAGCUGCAAGGAACAAGCGCAAGGUGGGCAAGGCCAGGAACGCCACCACUUCGCCCCGCAAAAAUGGCAAAAAAAUCGUUAUAGAGGAUUCGGAUGAUGAUGCUAAUCAUUCCGAUGUAGACCCUAGUGCCGACAGUUCGCCAAGGAAGCCAAAUAUCAAACGCCAGACACGGCGAUCCGUGCGCGGUGAAACGGAAGAUAGCAAUGAACUGCCCUCCACCUCCAAAGCCUCUGCACAUGCAUCAAGUCCGAUCAAGAAGCGCAAGCUGAGCAGGGCUUCGACUUCUUCCGUCAAAAAUGGCAAGAAGGUUGCUGAAAAGGAUUCGGAAUCCGAUGUCGAUGCUGGAACAGAGGAUGAGAAAUCAGCUCAACCCCAGAAGGUUGCAGCUAAAUCGAAGUCCUCGCCAAACGCUAAGAAGGCUAAGGGACGUGGUCGACGGAACGCCGGCACCAAGAAAGCCGACGAUUCAAUCGACCCAGAAAAGCAAUGGGAAGUCGAAAAAAUUCUUGAUCACGUUGCCACCAAGGAGGGCGACAUGUUUAAGAUCCGAUGGAAGAAGUAUGGACCGAAGGAUGAUUCCUGGGAGCCGAGUAAGAAUCUGGCGUGCGAUGCGCUUAUCGAAAAGUUUAUGCGGAAACAAGCAACCCAGGAGAACGUGGACGUUAAGGAGCUGCGCGAAUCGCCCAAGAAGACCGAGCGCCUCGUCGAUGAAUGCUAUCCCAGGACAAAUCUGCACAAUCGUAUUGAACGCUCCUCGAAGCGCUCUUCCGCCAAAAACCGCAUUUUCUACGGCGAGGAGUGAGGAAGGGCAACAAGGAAGGAAAUCCAUGUAGGAAUUUAGUACACUUUUUUUUUUUUACAUAUAAUAUUACAACACAUGCGGACCGAAGUACGCGGAAAGGUGACCCAUGGCGGCUCCAGUUAGAUUUUAACGGAAAAUUUCCCUUAUCGUUAUUGGUUUUAAAAAAGCUCGCGGGCGGAGCCAAUCCACAUCAUGUCCACAAUCCUGACUAUUGGCGGACAACUUUACGGGCAACACAAAUAACUAAAUAUUAAAUUCGGAUUUUAGUACAUAAGUAAAAAGGACAGGCAAUCGACUGCAUCACAGUGCGUACAUACAUGUAGUAUUAUAUCUGGUUAAUUGCACUCAACCAGCGUAGAAUGUAAGGCAUCAUUUCUGUAGCUUUAGUUUUAUCCUUUGAGUAAUUGAUGUUUGUAUUGGUCAAUUGCCACAGCUGAAAAUAGCCUCUCAACUACUCUUCCAAUCAUCUUAAUUCAUAAUAUUCGUUCUUACGUACGUACGCCAUUGUACAUACAAUUAUAAUGAGCGAACAUUAUAAUUAGUAAUGGAACAUGCGUACGUAUGCAAUAGUAAACAUCCAUUAUAAUUAGCAAUGGGAACCUGCCGUUUCCACUACAAAAUAAAAUCAUUUAUUGGUCAAG